AUGCGGCGGCUGCUGUUUUCGUCGUCAAGCGGGUCGCGCGUGGGCGUGGCGCUGCUGUUCGUCGCACUCGUCGUCGCAUGGACCGUCGCAUACUUCGCUACGGCGCACUUCACGCUGCUCACUUCGCCGUCCUAUAUCUACCUGCUCCGUGGCGGCAAUUCCACCGCCGGCGCGUGGCUGUCUGAGUCGACUCAAAACUCCGCCGCGUGGCUCCAACGGCUGCAGAGUAGCCUCUCCGUGCGGCCGCAGCAGAGGGAACAACCACAGUCACAGCCACAGCCAGAGAACAGGCAACAGGCGAAACAGAAGGAGCAGGGGCGGCAGGGGCAGCAGGAGCAGCAGAAGGAGCAGCAGAAGGAGCAGAGCCCAAACCAGCAGGACCAGCGGGGAAAGCGGGAACAGAAACCCGCGAAGCAGAAGGAAGCAGCGUCCCACGCGUCUGAGAACGAGCUUCCAUCGCAGGAGCAGGUGUCGCAGCAGCACGUGGCUAAUCAGGUAGACGGGUCGAGCCUGACGCUGUUCAAAGCUCAGCAGGACAAGGCCUCGGAGCAACAGCAGCAACAGCAGGUGGCAGUGCAGAGGCAGGGAAAAGCACCAAGUGUGCCGUCUCACCCUGCUGGCAAGCCUGCUGCUAUGGCUGCCACAGCUGCUGCCGCUGCAGUUGCCAUCUGCCUCGUGGGCGGCGCGCGGGACUUCGAGGCCACGUGGCCGUCCAUCCUGCGCCACGUCAUCAGCCGCUACCCGCCAGCUCACCUCUUCCUGCACUCACCACUGGACGAGCGCGCCAGCAAGCUGUGGGCGCUGCUGCUCGCCGCCAGCAACAGCACAGGGAGUGCAGCGAGCAGUGGUGGCGCCAGCACCAGCACCAGCAGCAGCACAGAGAGUGCAGUGAGCGUGGCAGUGAGCAUAGCAGCGGUGCGCAUCUUCCCCAGUGCUGACAUCACAGAGACGGACGUGCACCGCGCGACGCUCACCAGUAACGGCUCGCCACAUGGCAUCCAGGGUCUGCUGCAAUAUUUCCGAUUGGUGGAGGGCUGUAUUAAUCUAAUCGCCACCCAUCAACUUCAACACAACAUCUCAUAUCGCUGGGUCGUCCGCACACGAGUCGACGGCUACUGGACCGCGCCCCCUCCCCUUCUCACCGCUCUCCACCCCUCCGCCUACACCAUCCCCUUUGGGUUCGACUGGGGGGGCCUCAACGACCGCCUCGGGAUUGGCUCCUGGGCCGCCUCCAAAGUGGCUCUCAGGCGUUUAUCCGUGUUACAAGACCUGUUCAGUGCGGGGUAUAGAGCGCUGACGUCGGAGAAGGCGUUUCGGGCGCAGAUGGAGGUUGGGGGAGUGGAGGUGGCACGGAAGCAUUUUCAUUUCUGUGUGGUGACUCGGAGGCGGUCGCGAGGGGGGGAUGGUUGUGCUGCCAUGAUGUUUUCAACUGCGACGUACGGGCCUCUGAAUGGGGCCAAGUGCCGGCCCUGCUCCUCUCCGUGUGCUGCUGAUGAUCAGGCAGCUGCCGUGAUCAACACAGUGCGCGCGGCGGGCGGCAUGUACCGCCACCCGCUGCCGCCCGGGCUGCAGCUGUGCGACGCCAAGCAUGCGUGGGAGGGCGGGUGGGAGCAGCAGUUCGACCGCGAUGUGGAGCGGCAAAGAGGAGGCAAGACCUUGAGCUGGCAGCGCCGCAACAUUGGGCGCAUUGCUGCCAGCCUCACGCACUGCACUGAGCAGUUUGAGAAGCUCAAGGCCAUGAGUGUGACAUGGGACUCGCCUCCCCCGGUGGCUGUGUGCAUCCGGGCUCAACUGGGGGAGGUGGAGCUGAUGGGCAGCAAAACCGGGCAGUUCAACACCUUCACUUCGCUGCUUACCAGCAAAAGCACGUUCAUAUCGGUGACAAACAGCAAGGCCAGUCAGAGCUGGGAGCGCCACCUCUUCAGGCGCUACGGCAAGGUGCGCAUGGGAUUCAGGAAUGCCGAGUGGCUGGCGUCUCCUCAAUCCGCCAAUGCGAGCGCGACAACUACCCGGCCUUUCAGCGCCGUCAGGGUUGAGAUGAGAGUUAUGAAAGGAUAUUCCUCUCAAAAAUGGUUGAGCAUCCUCGGCAGCAUCAAGACUCGACUGAAACGUUCUUUCGAUAAGCAGUUCGUCUCCAUGGGGGCGUUAUCCGAGUUCGGGGGGGGCGGCGGAGCCGCUUCCGCGGAUUCUUCUGCCAUCGGCGGAAAGAAGCCCACGCCGGGGCGCGGCGGAGUCGUUCUGUCCGCGUCCCCGGAAGAAUCCCGCGUGCGCGCGAUCUCCGAGAUUGUGCGAGCGAUGAUCGACGGCGUGCGCGCGGGUCGCGACGUCAAUCUCAACGCGAUCAAAUCCGACGCGUCGCGAAAGCACGGGCUGUCGCGCGCGCCGAAGCUCGUCGAAAUCAUCGCCGCGGUUCCCGAGGAGCACCGCGACGCGUUGAUCCCAAGGCUCCGCGCGAAGCCCGUUCGCACAGCUUCGGGAAUCGCCGUCGUAGCCGUCAUGUCCAAACCGCAUAGAUGCCCGCAUAUAGCGACGACGGGGAACAUCUGCGUGUACUGCCCUGGCGGGCCCGAUUCCGAUUUCGAGUAUUCGACGCAGUCUUAUACCGGGUAUGAGCCGACUAGCAUGCGCGCGAUUCGGGCGAGGUACCAUCCGUACGUUCAGGCGCGCGGUCGGGUCGACCAACUGAGGCGACUCGGACACAGUGUGGAUAAGGUGGAGUACAUCCUGAUGGGCGGCACGUUCAUGUCGCUGCCAGCGGACUAUCGCGACUUCUUCGUGCGCAAUCUGCACGACGCCCUGUCGGGCCGCUCCUCCGCGUCGGUGGCGGAGGCAGUGCAGUACGCCGAGCAUGCCGCCACACGCUGCAUCGGCCUCACCAUCGAAACCCGUCCCGACUACUGCCUGGGACCGCACCUGAGGCAGAUGCUGGCAUACGGGUGCACGCGGCUGGAGAUAGGAGUGCAGAGCACGUAUGAGGACGUGGCCCGGGACACCAACCGUGGCCACACUGUUGCAGCCGUCGCCGACUGCUUCUGCCUCGCCAAGGACGCGGGCUUUAAGGUGGUGGCGCACAUGAUGCCGGAUCUACCCAACGUGGGCAUGGAGAGGGACAUGGAGUCAUUCAGGGAGUUCUUUCACAGCCCUGCCUUCCGCACGGACGGGCUCAAGCUCUACCCCACGCUCGUCAUCCGCGGCACAGGGCUGUACGAGCUAUGGAAGACUGGCAGGUACCGCAACUAUCCACCCGAGAAGCUAAUAGAUCUAGUCGCCCGUAUCCUGGCCCUGGUGCCCCCCUGGACACGCGUCUACCGUAUCAUGCGCGAUAUCCCGCUGCCACUUGUCACGUCGGGAGUGGACAAAGGCAAUCUGCGUGAGCUGGCACUGGCGCGCAUGGCAGAGCUGGGGCUGCGGUGCCGUGACGUGCGCACGCGGGAGGCGGGCAUUCAGGACAUUCACCACGCUGUCAGACCGCACGACGUGCAGUUGGUUCGACGGGAUUACGCUGCCAAUGAUGGGUGGGAGACCUUUCUUUCGUACGAAGACGUGAACCAGGACAUAUUGGUGGGGCUGCUGCGGCUGAGGCGGUGUGGAGCGCACGUGACGUGUCCGGAGCUCAAGGGGCGGUGCUCCAUCGUGCGCGAGCUGCAUGUGUAUGGCACUGCUGUGCCCGUGCACACACGCGACACUGACAAGCUGCAACACCAGGGGUAUGGCACGCUGCUGAUGGAGGAAGCAGAGCGCAUUGCACGGUGGGAGCAUGGGUCGAGCAAGCUGGCAGUGAUAUCGGGCAUAGGAACGCGCCACUACUACAGGAAGCUUGGAUAUGAGCUCGAGGGUCCCUACAUGGUCAAAGCUCUGCCUCGUGCUGUCAGGGGGAGGCGGAAAAAGAGCAGCAAGAGGCGCGCAAAGCGAGUGGUAGACUGA